CGGAAUACUUACGGAAUCCAUUAAAAGGAUGUUUCCUUCCUUCCUUUCAAACUCAUGUUUGAAUGUCAGCAUUGUGCAAUACUUUGGAAGCCAGCUCGGCAAAUGCGGCUACUGUACAGGCACAAAAUGCAGCAAGUCCAACGGUAUGCUCGCAUAUCACUUGAUGUGCCAAGACUACCAAGAUCUCAUUGAUCGGGGUUGGCGACGAUGCGGCAAGCACUGCUACAAGUUAAAGAACAAGGAGACCUGCUGCCCCUGUUACGCAAUCAAAUGUGACGCUCUGGAAUUCAAGCUGACGAAGUCAAACAAGCGAAUACUUCGCCGUAUGAAUCGAUUUUUGCUUGAUGGCAAACGUGACCCUGUUGAGCAGGGGUCACGCUCAGGAAACGACGAUGACGUAACUGAGGGUGCGAAUGCACCGACCAGAAAGCCGCAGCCUCAGAUGCCCGAUAAGAGUCCGGCUGUAAUCAAUGUCGAGCAGGCCAUGUCACUCGCGCAGGCUCAAAAGUCCAAAGCAAAGCCGGCCGGUGCUGCCGGUGCUGGGCUUUUAGCCCAAUCGCCAUCGCUGGGAUCCAACAAAUCUGCAAAGGACAUUUCGUACAAGCCGUGCAAGAAAGCCAAGCAAAUGCGAUUGGAACGCCGACAGGCUAAAUUGGGCGAUACGAAGGAGCCACCCAAGCAGAAAGCUGUCACGCAGGAGAAGAGUUUGACAGACUUUUUAUCGGAGCCCAACGAAAGUUACAAACAUCAGCUAAAGAUCGUUCUGGUCGCAUCCUCAGACACACAGCGCACUUGUGCCGAUGCUGUACUAGCGUUGUAUCGAAAAUAUCAAGUAGUCAUACACAAUGAUAAUCCCGCACGCCUAACCCUAGCUAGUAUGCAGCGGUUUUUGAUCAAGUCGGCCCUUAAGAACGAAAAGCCAGACGAUGGACCCGAGAUGGGCUAUGGAUCGUUCCAUCAGCAGUAUUGGCUCGACGACAAGCUGAUUGCCGUGGGCGUGAUUGACAUCUUGCCGGGUUCGGUUAGCUCCGUAUACUUCUUCUACGAUCCGGACUACAGUUUUCUCUCUCUUGGCACAUAUGGCUCGCUAAGGGAAAUCGAUUUCGUGCAGACGAUUGCUGCCACCACGCCUGCUGUGAAAUAUUAUUACAUGGGCUUUUACAUACACUCCUGUCCAAAGAUGCGCUACAAAGGAAAUCUUUCCCCCUCAUAUUUGCUUUGCCCAGAGACUUAUGUUUGGAUACUGCUCACCGACGUCAUUCGUUCUAAGCUCGAUGCCAACAAGUAUCAGCGACUAAAUGAUGAUGCAGCUGCUAGAGAUGUCAACGAAUUCACACUCGAAGAUUUAGGUGAAGUGACUCUUCUGAUGGGUACCGAUUACACCCUGAAAUAUAAGGAAUAUUGGCAGAUACCUGACGUUACCCAUCGCGUUGAUGUUAUCGAGUACAGCGAGUUAGUGGGAAAAGUAUGCGCACAGCGCAUGCUUUACGUUAUCAUGAAGUAAUUUUAUUUGUUAAAUAUGUCCGUUUGAAAUCCGAAUUGAUCAGUCAGCGGCCAUUAACGCUUUGUCAAGCUUGUGCUCUAAAUUCUGCUUAAAAAAUAUCGAACAUUUUUAAUUAAUAAUGAUAUGAUUCGAUGGGUUAGCAUUUCAUUGAAAAUUAA